GCACUCCGGCGGCACCAGAUACGUAAAGUCCAGCAAAGCUAUCCACUAUUUUCCUCACCCUAAUUUCCCACAUGUGUACGGAUCUGUAUAUGGCUCUCUCACUUCGCAUUCGAGUCAAUGCCAUCAGUGUGGCGUAGUGGCUUGGCAUGUGGCUGCAGACUCCAUCCACCGUCCAUCCAUCUCCGCGCAACGCCUUUUUUCUUCAACACACUCGUCGCCAUGAAGGGGCCAUAUCCAGAAAUCCAAGGUGGUGGCUCGUUGAUUCUGGCCUGGCAGGUCCGAAAUAAGAAAGUGCUUGUCAUUGGCGGCGGCGAUGUAGCUGCCGGCCGCAUUGUGAAUGUCCUCAAUGCCGAUGCCAAAGUCACCGUUGUGUCCCCUCGCUCCGGCCUCAACGAUGAGGUCGCCUAUCGCAUAGAGCAGAAUCAAGUCGACUACAUCGACAGGAAAUUCGAGCCUUCAGAUCUCGACGGCGUAGACAUGGUGCUGGCUGCAGUGGAUGAUCCAGAGGCUUCUACGCAGAUCUACAAGCUAUGCCAGGAGAAGAGGAUACCCGCGAACAUCGCGGAUGUGCCGCCCGAGUGCGACUUCUACUUUGGAAGCGUGCAUCGAGAUGGCCCGCUACAGAUUAUGGUUAGCACGAAUGGCAACGGACCGAAGCUGGCGAACAUCGUGAGAAGGCAGGUCGCAAGCAGCUUACCGAGUAACAUCGGCGCUGCUAUACAGAGAGUAGGCGUCUUGAGAAAGAAGUUAAGGAAGCUCGUUCCGGGUCAGGAGGAAGGCCCCAAGCGGAUGCAGUGGAUGUCCAAGGUCUGUGAGCAAUGGAGUCUGGAUGAGCUUUGUGAGAUGACGGAAGAGGACAUGGAGGUCCUUCUUGGUUUCUAUGAGCCUGGAGAUGUUCCUAGUCUCGAAGCUGUUAGACUCGGAGAACCCCAAGGAGCCUAUGAUGGACCAUUCUUGAUCUAGAAAUUUGUAUGAUAUAUGCAGUCGGAAAGGAGCUGGAUUUGAUCCAGCCAAUGGUCAAAUUGCUACACGUUAGAGCGCGCAAUACAUCUACACCUAACACAGAAUAUUAACGUAGAAAAGCC